GUAUCACCGCGGUAACAAGUUUCUGAGCAGGUCACCCCAAUUAACGUUUUCCACAUACAACCUCGGGUAGCCUUCUUGGAGCCCAUACCCGACAUAGGAGGCCGCCGAGGCAAGAGGAGUGUUAUGAGUACAGUAUAGUGGAGAUAAAUAAAAACGCACAAGCGGUGGUCGUAUGCGUAGAGUCUCAUUAAGUUAUGCAUGAACGUUGUGAGCCGACGAUUAACUGUUUGAACGACAGUUCAAUUACGUGGCCGAUUAAAAGCAGCUGAUAAGUCACUGAGCCAUGGCGGAACUUGACUCUUUAGGCCUGAUGUUUUCCUUAACAUGAGAAAAUAAAUAAACAAUGGAAUAAUUUUGUUUCUGCAUGAGCCAAGUUAAAAGUGUAUGAAAAGUGUAGGUGGGAGCCAAAUACGGCGGAGUAACUUCAAUCAUGACGAUGGACGUGAGUAAAUCGGAAACGAAUAAAAACGGUUCAGCGCAGCAGGAGAUAUGCGCUGGAUGCGGCAAAACCAUAACAGAAAGGUUUCUCCUAAAAGCCUUAGACUUAUUUUGGCACGAGGAUUGCCUGAAGUGCGGAUGCUGUGACUGUCGAUUAGGCGAAGUAGGAUCAACAUUAUACACAAAAGCGAAUUUAAUACUCUGCAAAAGAGAUUACCUGAGGCUAUUUGGCAACACAGGCUACUGUUCGGCUUGUUCUAAAGUAAUACCAGCAUUCGAGAUGGUAAUGAGAGCUCGGGCAAACGUUUACCACUUGGAGUGCUUUGCUUGUCAGCAGUGUAAUCAUCGCUUUUGUGUGGGGGACAGGUUUUACCUGUGCGAGAACAAAAUUCUGUGCGAGUACGACUACGAGGAGAGAUUAGUCUUCGCGAACAUGGCCCUACAUCCCCCAGUGUCAUUGACACACUUGAAGAGACAGUUACCGCCGACACCAACGCCUCCGGGAGCUACGCAGAAUCUGCAUCCGGGUCACAAUCAGAUUCAUCAAGGACAUCCGCCACAGACGCUUGGACAAUCAAUUCAACACAAUCAUGUCAAUGGACAAAUAUCAAGUGCGCCAGUGAAUGGGAUGUCUGGGCCACGUGGUCCCGGUGACAUGAACAAUAACGGGCUAUCGGGUCCAGGUUUGGGGCCAGUUAAACCUCCGCCAAUGUCAAUGCCCGCGCCGACCAGCUGAGACGAGGCCCCGCCUAUGAAAAAGCUCCGGUGUCUUGAUAGCUAUUAAACAACUUAAUAAAUAAAUAAACAAUUAAUAAACUAAUUAAGUUUAAUACUAAGUAAGUAAAUUUAAAAACUAACAGCUAUCAGAACUAACGUCCAAGCUGAAAAAAACAAACAAAAUAAAAUUCAUGUGCGAAGAAUUUUCGCAUCUGUGAUUAAUCGGACAAAGUGACAGUGAUAAGGAUAUAAAAUAAAAUAAUGUAUGAUAUUUAAGUAAAAUCGAAGCUUAUGUAAGAUAUUUUUUCGAUUGAGUGCACUUGCACAUGUAAAUAAUAAAUUUAAUAUUAAAUAUUAAUAACAAUAAUAAUAAAUAGAGUAAUUUAAGUGGGACAAAAAU